GGUCGUGGCGAGCGAGCUUCCGGCGGCGCGGCGAAUGGCCUCUCUCCGGGCCGCGUUCGGGGCCUCGCUCGCGGCUGCCCGAACCCGGCCGCCGUCCUUCGGCCUCGCGCUUCCGUCGCCCGCGCCCUGCUCCUCCUGGGCGGCUGCCAUGGAGCCCACGCCGCGCUGGCUCGCGGGGCUGCGCUUCGACAACCGCGCCCUGCGCGCGCUGCCCGUCGAGACGCCGCCGCCCGGGCCGGAGGACGUCCUGUCCACCCCGCGGCCGGUGCCCGGAGCCUGCUUCAGCCGUGCGCGGCCCGCCCCGCUGCGGCGGCCGUGCCUGGUGGCGCUGUCGAUGCCCGCGCUGGCGCUGCUGGGGCUGGAGGCCCGCGAGGAGGCCGAGGUCGAGGCCGAAGCCGCGCUCUUCUUCAGUGGCAAUGCGCUGCUGCCGGGCGCCGAGCCCGCCGCGCACUGCUACUGUGGCCACCAGUUCGGCCAGUUCGCCGGGCAGCUGGGCGACGGCGCCGCCAUGUACCUGGGCGAGGUGUGCACUGCGGCCGGCGAGCGCUGGGAGCUGCAGCUCAAGGGGGCCGGCCCCACGCCCUUCUCCAGACAGGCUGAUGGUCGCAAAGUCCUGAGGUCAAGCAUCCGGGAGUUCCUGUGCAGCGAAGCCAUGUUUCAGCUGGGGAUCCCCACCACUAGGGCCGGGGCCUGCGUCACCUCUGAGUCCACAGUGAUUCGCGACGUGUUCUAUGAUGGUAAUCCAAAAUAUGAAAAGUGCACGGUUGUGUUGCGUAUAGCUCCCACUUUUAUAAGAUUUGGCUCCUUUGAAAUUUUUAAGCCCCCCGAUGAGCACACAGGGCGAGCAGGCCCUAGCGUGGGACGGAAUGAUAUCCGCGUGCAGAUGCUCGACUAUGUGAUCAGUUCUUUCUACCCUGAAAUCCAGGCUGCCCACACCUGCGACAGUGACCACACACAGAGGAAUGCUGCCUUUUUCAGAGAGGUGACCCGGCGGACAGCACGGAUGGUGGCCGAGUGGCAGUGUGUCGGCUUCUGCCACGGCGUGCUCAACACGGACAACAUGAGCAUCGUGGGGCUCACUAUUGACUACGGCCCCUUCGGCUUCCUGGACAGAUACGACCCUGACCACGUUUGCAACGCCUCCGACAACGCCGGGCGCUACACGUACAGCAAGCAGCCGCAGGUGUGCAAGUGGAACCUGCAGAAGCUGGCAGAAGCAUUGGAGCCCGAGCUGCCCCUCGCGCUGGGGGAGGCCAUCCUCGCCGAGGAGUUUGACAGCGAAUUCCAAAGGCACUAUCUGCAGAAGAUGCGUAAGAAGCUGGGCCUUAUUCGAGUGGAGCUGGAGGAAGAUGGGACACUUGUGGCCAAGCUUCUGGAGACCAUGCAUCUGACUGGUGCUGACUUCACAAAUACCUUCUACAUGCUGAGCUCCUUCCCAGCUGAAGAAGCAUCAGACUCAACCGAGUUCCUAACCAGGCUGACCUCCCAGUGUGCCUCUCUGGAAGAGCUGAAGCUGGCCUUCCGCCCCCAGAUGGAUCCCCGGCAGCUCUCUAUGAUGCUGAUGCUUGCACAGUCGAACCCACAGCUCUUUGCCCUCAUCGGCACUCAAGCAAAUGUCACAAAGGAGCUAGAGCGUGUGGAACACCAGUCCCGGCUGGAACAGCUGAGCCCCGCCGAACUGCAGAGCAAGAACACAGACCGCUGGAAAACUUGGCUGCAGGAGUACAGAGCCCGUCUGGACAAGGAGAAGGAGGAUGUCGGAGACACCGCUGCCUGGCAGGCAGACCGUGUGCGCAUCAUGCAUGCCAACAACCCCAAGUACAUCCUAAGGAACUAUAUUGCACAGAAUGCCAUUGAAGCUGCUGAGAACGGAGACUUUUCCGAGGUGCGGCGUGUCCUGAAGCUGCUAGAGUCUCCUUACUACAGCGAAGAGGCGGCCACUGAGGCCACAGGCCCUGAAGCAGCAGCAAGGACCACUGAUGAGCAGUGUUCCUACAGCAGCAGGCCACCCCUCUGGGCGGCAGAACUCUGUGUAACAUGAUCCUCAUAAAGGCCUCGGUGUCCUCCACGUGUCUGGAGUCUCCCGAGGCGUCCCCAGUGCUGCUGAGUUGCUGAGACCACUGGGAUCCCCACCCUCACGGUCUCUCCAUGAUGGCAGAGACCUCCAGUCAAAACCUGACCGGUCUCUGUCUGAUACCACCUCAGCACAUGGUACUUCAUGCCAGUAGAGGAACUCAGUCUCAUGCUUAUAAGCGAUGCAAACAGGGAUGAAUAAGCCUUGUAGCCUGUCUGUGCAUCUUGCCCCAAAGGACUGGGCCUGACACUUGUUCAAUCUCCCAGGCCUCUAAAUAAAGCAGCUUUUUCAGGUC